AUGGCAAACGGUAACCUGACAACUGGUGAAAUUAUUGGGCGUGGCAUCACUUCCAACGCCGCCAACGCUGUCAACACCAGCUGCUCUGGUGGCGGUGGCAGUGGCGUCAGCAAGAAGGAAGAGCGUGUCAAACGACCGAUGAACGCUUUCAUGGUAUGGUCGCGAGGCCAGCGUCGUCGAAUGGCUCAGGAGAACCCGAAGAUGCACAAUUCCGAGAUCAGCAAACGACUGGGCUCCAUGUGGAAGAGUCUGUCGGAAAAGGACAAAAAGCCGUUUAUCGACGAGGCCAAGCGUUUACGCGCCAACCAUAUGACCCUCUAUCCGGACUACAAGUACCGGCCACGCCGAAAGCACAAGCCGAUGGAGAAGCAGAAGAAACCGAUGACCUCCGCCGUCUCCAGCACCACGACAACUGCCGCCGUGCUGGCCGCCGCUGCAGCUGCUGCCGGGCUCGGCUCCACUGGAUCCGGUUACCUCGGCAGCCAGAAUGCCUCCGGCCUAAUGAACCACCACCAUCCCCACGCCCAAUCCCACUCUCUUGCCCACCCUAAUCCCCAACACCAUCACCACCAUCCUCUUCACCAUCCGUCGGCUCCAGAUACUCAUCCUCAUUCCCAUAUUCAGCUUCAGUCUCAGUCUCAGCCUCCACCGCAUUCACAUCAGCAUCAGCACCAUCCGAAUCCUCAUCAGCCACAACACCAGCACCAGUACCAACAUCAACACCAGCAUCAGCACACUCAACCCGGACUCCAACACGCCCAUCCGAGUGAGCACAUGUCACAGACGCACUCGCUUCCUCCACAUCACAUGCUGCAACACCAGCCUCCUGAUGGUCAUCCGCAUCAUGUCAAUCCCCAGAGCCAGCCACCGCCACAUCAGCCGUCCCACUUCCACCUCUCCUGCCAGUUGCACGCCCCCUCCUCCGGCACCAGUCCGGUCGCAGGCUAUCCAGCCCAUCUGCCCGGUAGUUUGUUCGACUGUAGCAGCGCCGCUGCCACCGCCUCCCAAUCAAACCCCCCGUCCGCUGCACCAACCUCCUCCUCCUCCAUCCCCGCCUCCUCUUCUGCUGCCUCAUCCUCCUCCGUCUCGUCGUCUUCGUCGGCUUCGUCCGUCAACAGCCUGGCCUCCAUCCACCUCGGACAAUUCCCCAACAGACAACCGGCCGGCCGGUCGAAUGGAGUCAAUGGUCCCAUCUCCUUCUACACUCAUAUGGACCCGGCGUGUGGUCAUCUCGCUUACGACGCCCAGGCGCCCGCCAGUCCGCCUCUGGGCGCUAUGGCCCAACUGGCCGGUUGUUUCUCAGCUGGCCUGUCGCCUCCGCCGCAUCGCCACUCAACCGGUCCUCAGAGCCUCUUCGAGGCUCCCAGCUUCCUUGGCCCCAGCGACCACCUCUCGAUGUACUACCACUACCACCACCAACUUCAUCAACACCAACACCAACUUCACCAACAUCAAAAUCAACAUCAACAUCAACAUCAUCAACAUCAACACCAACACCAACAUUCCAACCAGCCCCAACACCAGCAGCAACAGCUUGUUUUCCCCUCCGACCCUCAGCAUGCCCACCUCGGCCAGCCUCCACACCAGCGGCCACCAUCGCCGUCACUUGUCGCCGUCGGACCGCCCGCUUCACGAGGCUCGCCGUCACCGUCGGCCCAACGGCAACCGUCGUCGCCGACGACAGCGUCCACUGCCGCUGCUGCUGCUGCCGCAGCUGCUGCCGCUGUCGUGGCUGGUGGUCUCACCGGAAUGGAGCAUCUGCUCGGCCCCGGAGGCAGGAACAUGCCUGCUGGAGCCUAUCCGAUGGCGGCGGCAGCCGCCUACCAUCAACUGUACCACGGAGUUGACGGAUUUGCCGACUGCUAUCCUGGCAACGGCGGUGGCGGUGGCGGUGGCGGCGGGUGGCCGGCAUUUCAUGCAUGUGAGUCUGCUCCGCUCCGUCUUGACCCUUAA